AUAGGAACGCAUAAUGUGCGAAGUUAUUGUGCUAUUCGAAGGAUAUUCGACUCAAAUCGACGAUGUGACAAUGGAUGCCAAUUGUAGUUGUACUUUAAUUAAAUCGCCGCAUAAAAAUGUCAUUGUUGACACUAUGUGUGCAUGGGAUAGACAGAACAUUAUAGAGGCUUUAACUAAAUACAAUAUGCAACCAGAGAAUAUAAAUUAUAUUGUAUGCUCCCACAGUCAUGCAGAUCAUAUAGGAAAUAAUAAUUUAUUUUUGGAUGCUGAUGAGCACAUAGUUGGAACUACAGUACACAAACUUACCUUGUUUCAUGAAAGAAAUAUUAAAAAUUGUGAUUAUAAACUUUGCGAUGGAAUUAAAGUGAUGGCAACUCCAGGUCACACAGCAGAGGAUGUGACUGUAAUAGUGAAUGGGAAAUUCAAUGGAAAAGAAGUUAUUGUUGCGAUAACAGGGGAUUUAUUUGAAAAGGAAGAGGAUAUUACGGACUCUUCGAUAUGGAUAAACCUUGGAGUACCCGAACUUCGACAAGUACAAGCACUUUCGCGUUGCAAAGUAGCAAAUAUAUCAAAUGUAAUAAUACCUGGUCAUGGUCCACCUUUCUUUGUCACUGAUAAUAUCAGAAAUCAACUUGCCAAGCAACUCGAAGAAAUAAAAUUGAAACAGUCUUAAUAUAUUUGCAUUUGUAAUGUAAAAGAUCUAUAUAUUAUAACUUAUUUGUAUUAGUUAUAAAAUGAUGUCAUGAAGCUUUCAAUCGACAUUUUCUCAAAUGUAAAAAUGU